CUUGCAAAUCUCGCGAUGGAGGGAGGAGGAGGUAUACCCCUAGAAACACUUACAGAAGAAAGUCAGUCAAGACAUGUUCUACCUGCAAGUUUUGAAGCCAACAGUUUGCAGAAAAGCAACUGGGGGUUCUUUCUUACUGGGCUUGUGGGUGGGACCCUGGUGGCCGUGUAUGCUGUAGCCACACCGUUUAUAACGCCAGCCCUUCGAAAAGUCUGUUUGCCGUUUGUACCUGCAACUACGAAGCAGAUUGAAAAUGUUGUGAAAAUGUUGCGAUGCAGAAGAGGAUCCCUUGUAGACAUCGGUAGUGGCGACGGACGCAUUGUCAUAGCAGCUGCGAAGGAAGGGUUCACAGCAGUUGGUUAUGAAUUAAACCCAUGGCUAGUUUGGUACUCCAGAUACCGUGCUUGGCGAGAAGGUUACUUUUUCGCAGUACUCGAACGUUGUUAUUUUCGGUGUGCCUCAGAUGAUGCUGCAGUUGGAGAAGAAACUUGAACUUGAACUUGACGAUGAUGCACGAGUCAUUGCUUGCCGGUUUCCCUUCCCACACUGGACUCCAGACCAUGUCACUGGGGAGGGGAUAGACACAGUGUGGGCAUAUGACGCGAGCACGUUUAGAGGCCGUGAAAAGAGACCCUGAACAUCGAUGCAUUUCCAGCUGCCCAUUCAAGCAUAAACUUUACUGAGAGUGCUUUUCUGAAAUGUCUUAGUCUUCCCCGAUCCUGUAGAGACUUAUAGCUGUGUCCUUAGAAAGGAGCGUAAUUGUCUUUGGUUUGGCAUGAGAAAUUACCAUUAGUUUCCUUAACUGUUGGAGGAAACAAACAAGAAAAACAGGUAGAUUUAAAAUCUGCUUUUGAUGCUAUUUUCUUAAAAAAUGUACUUACUGCCUUUUCAUGCACCUGGAUGCAUGAAAAGAUGAAUAAGUGAUGGUCAUGGUUAUGGGCAGGAAAGAUGCCAACAGCUCUUCACAUCAUAAAAAGUAUGGCUUAAUGCCUCAAUAAGGACAAAUGAUUUUUAAAGACAGUGCAGACGUUCUUCGCCGAGAGUAGUCAGGGUUUCCUGCUUCAACAGUGCUUAGACGGAACCCGGCACUCGACCCCAUCCCUGCUGGCCGCCCAUAGCCAGCCCUCCCUCACUUCCUCACCGCACCCUGGGACCGCCCGAAGGCCCCUGCCGCCGCUCCAGCGCCGCCGCCUGUCCUUAGCCUCCGCCAUGACGACUGUGUCCACCUCGCAGGUGCACCAGAACUACCACCAGGACUCAGAGGCCGCCGUCAACCGCCACGUCAACCUGUAACUCUAGGCUUCCUACGUUUACCUGUCCAUGUCUUACUACUUUGACUGCGAUGAUGUGGCUUUGAAGAACUUUGCCAAAUACUGUCUUCACCAAUCUCAUGAGGAAAGGGAACAUGCCGAGAAACUGAUGAAGCUGCAGAACCAAGGAGGUGGCCGAAUCUUCCUUCAGGAUGUCAAGAAACCAGACUAUGACGACUGAGAGAGCGGGCUGAAUAAAUGUGAAUCGGUCACUACUGGAACUGCACAAACUGGCCACUGACAAAAAUGACCCCCAUUUGUGUGACUUCAUUGAGACACAUUACCUGAAUGAGCAGGUGAAAGCCAUCAAAGAAUUGGGUGACCAUGUGACCAACUUGCGCAAGAUGGGAGCACCCGAAUCCGACUUGGCAGAGUAUCUCUUUGACAAGCACACCCUGGGAGACAGUGAUAAUGAAAGCUAAGCCUCAGGCUAAUUUCCCCGUAGCCAUGGGGUGACUUCCCUGGUCACCAAGGCAGUGCAUGCAUGUUGGGGUUUCCUUUACCUUUUCUAUAAGUUGUACCAAAACAUCCACUUAAAUUCUUUGAUUUGUACCAUUCCUUCAAAUAAAGAAAUUUGGUAC